AUCAUAAAGAGUAUGAUUACGAAGUCCCUAGGUCUAAGAAACGAUCUUGGAACAGCGGCAUUUCAAUUUAAAUCUAAGGCAAGUGAAGCUGUUUUAAUAUAUUAUAUACUAACAUUGUAUUCAUUAAAUACUAAAUUUGCUAGAGAGCAAGUUAAUUUUUAAGUUUAGCUUUCUCAUCAUCACACAGUUACAGCAAUUUUGCAUCGGUUAAACAUGAACUGCAUGGAAUAAGAAAUUCUUAACAAAUAUAGCUAUUACAGUGCGUCUACAGUGAGUGGAGUCACUUAGAGAACACUAACCAAUCAGAUUGCAGAACAAAACUAGAAAUCUAUUCAAACUACAGCUUUACUUUUCAAGUCUAUUUUCACCGUUUGACAUUCGUUUAUUUGUUAAAAUUGUUUUUCGCCUAAUGCUGAUUGGCUAAUGCGCCGUUUGUUGAUUUUUCUAUUUUUGUUCUGCAAUGUGAUUGAUUAGUGUAGACGCACUGUAAUAAAUUGUAAAACAGCAACUAUAUACUGACUUAAGGGACGGACCAUUAGAAAAGUGAUGGGGGUUCUAAGAGGCAAUAUUUUUUUUUUGUACACCUAUAGAAGAAUUUUUUUUCUCACUUGAUGGUUGGAAAUAUAUUUUUUUUAAGUGAAAUUUAUAGGCCUAUCAGUGGUGUAGUCCUGGAAUGUUAACAAGGGGGAGGGGGGGCUCUCCAAAGUGUCCUGAAUUGGCGGGAGGGGUACAAUAAGAUAUUUUGGAAAUUCUAAAUUUUGUUGGGGUUUAUUGUGGGACAAACAUUCGACGUUAUUCUUAUUAAAAACAAAGGGGCUGAAUGCGAGGGCCGAAGGCCCGAGGAAAUUUUUAAAUUUAGAGUCUCUGAAAUGCCAUUUCCUGGACUUUGGGGAAGAUUUGACAGAAUUCUGAUGGUCAGAAAACAGCGUUUUAGUAUGUCGAAAUUUACAAUUUAGUAGUAUUAAAUGGGCGAAGGCGUAUUUAGUUGGCUAUUAGUAAAACAUGGAGCACACGGAGCACACGGAGUACGGAGCACACGGAGCACGGAGCACACGAAGUACGGAGCAGUAGAAAAACGAAAAUCCUUUAUAAUAAAAUACACUGUUUACUAUUACAAUUUUUUGUUAUUAUUAACAAAGUUUUUUCGCGUAUUACACGUUGGGGAAGUAGGAAAAUGGGGCUUUUACUGAAAAACACAUAUGAUGCAAAACUGCCAAAAGCCAUAGCAUUUAAAAUGGGAUUGUGAAACUCGUUAUCUUACAUCUAUCAAGCUUAUGUAGUUAUAUUAUAUUCCAAUGGGCAACACAUAAAGAAACACUUACUGUAGAGAACAGCCGAUAUAUUUCGUUACCCCUGCCAAAAAAUAGCCAAGACUUAGAAUACUCAUCUUUCAAUGUAGCGGAUCGACUGAACAUUAAAUCUUUGAUGAGAAAAGUGAAUUUUCGGUUUAUCCUUCGGCUCAGUGAUCGGUGGCAGUGAGCUGUACGGCCGGCUAAGUUUAAACCGUUAUACAGUACAUCAUUACUGCUUUCAUUCUUUCAAUUCGUUUUGAAUAUUCGGAAUCAUUCACAAUAUUAUAAAACUGUAUAAGAUAGCUGUAGAACUAUAAAUGCUGUAGAAUGAAAUAAAUAAAGAAAAGUAAUUUUUCAAAUCGCGGUAUUUGCCGAUAAAUCGGUAAUCGCUACAGAAAAACAGAACAAAUUACAGUAUUAAAAUCACAACAAACCGCGGAAGUGGGACAAUUUUUGUAUUUUUACUGUAAGACAUGUAGAACAUGUACGAAAUCCAUACAGAAGUGUGUGUGUGUAUUCUAUACUUUUGAAACAACUAAAUCAGACUUCGGAAAAUUUGACCGUAUUAAAGCUGCUUUUGGGAAUUUAGAUUUUAGGUCUUCGUUUUACAUGUACCCAGACCAGUAAAUAUUUUUGAGUUUUGAAUUUUGUGUAUAAAUCAACACCAACGUCUCAAAGGCGAAAGGGAGGGCAAGAAUUUUGAAUUGCUAUUGUAAACAUGAGCAGUUUCGAGCAUAAACAUGAAAUUGAAACGAGUAAUUUUUACACAUCUGAUUGACUAAAUUCAGGAAGCCAUUUAAGUGUACGCGUAUUUGUUACAAUUCCGAUCAACUCUGCCGUGCAGCACGGCAGAGCCACAGGCAGAGUAAAUUGUAAACAAAUUGUAAGCUUGUGAGAAUCAAAGUUCAAAACUCAAAAAUAUUUACUGGGUACAUGUAAAACAAAGACCUAAAAUCUAAAUUCUCAAAAGUAGCUUCAAUACUGUCAAAUUUUCCGAAGUCUGAUUUAGUUGUUUCAAAAGUAUAGAACUGAUACACACACACUUCUGUAUGGAUUUCGUACAUGUUCUGCAUGUCUUACAGUAAAAAUACAAAAAUUGACUGCUCACUGGUCACUGGGACGAAGGAUAAACCGAAAAUUCACUUCUCUCCAUGACAAGCUUCUGAUAAUGUUCAGUCGAUCCGCUAUAUUGAAAGAUGAGUACUUGGCUAUUUUUUGGCAGGGGUAACGAAAUAUAUCGGCUGUUCUCUAAGUGUUUCUUAAUGCGUUGGCCAUCGGAAUAUAAUAUAACCACAUAACUCAUAAGCUUGAUAGAUAUGAGAUAACGAGUUUCACAGGCACAAUCCUAUUUUAAAUACUAUGGCUUUUGGCAGUUUUGCAUCAUAUGUGCAGUAAAAGCCCCAUUUUUCUACUUCCUCAACGUGUAAAAUGCGAAAAAACUUUAUUAAUAAGAACAAAAAUUUGUAAUAGUAAACAGUGUAUUUUAUUAUAAAGGAUUUUCGUUUUUCUACUGCUCCGUAGUUCGUGUGCUCCGUGCUCCGUGUGCUCCGUUCUCCGUGUGCUCCGUGCGCUCCGUACUCCGUGAUCCGUGCUCCGUGUUUUACUAAUAGCCUAUUUAGUUAACUAUAUAUUGGAUAAAUUGCAGGAAAUUAUGGGUAAUAUCUUCAUUCUUUGCAGUUUGUUAUGGAUAAUGUAGCAGCUUAAAAUUAAUCAAUUGAAGAUUACAUAUAUAAGAAUAUAAAGAUUACAAAAAUCAUUAUUGUGUUAAAUGAUGACUGAAAAUGAGAUACAAUUCUAAAGAACAUUCUCGUUUACUGAUAUUUUUGUGUGUGUUUUUGUGUGUGUGUUUUUUUUUGUGUGUUUUUUUUUGUGCACCCACUAAGUGUACCAAGUUUCAUUACAUUUUAUUAAAUGCUCACCAAGAUAUCAUACUUUCUUGUUAUUGCCAUUAUCUCAACUCAUACUUGUGACGUCACAACUCGAAAUAUAGAAAGUGCGAUAACUUGAGAAUGAGAUGAGAUAUGACGAAACUGUAAACGUCAUUCUUCAUCACUCCUGCAGUACUUUUUAGAAAAACAAUAAAAAAUGAGGUGAAAAUUUCGUUGCAUUGGCACUUUAAGAUUAUGCAACGCGCCAAAAACAUAGGGGGGCUCAGCUCCCCCCCCCCAAGUCAACAUGAAAUUUUAACAAGGGGUGCUAAGCCCCCCUGAGCCCUCCCUCCCCUACACCACUUGGCCUAUCUUCUAAGCAAGGAAUUUUUUUUUUUUUGCACUAUGCCUGGGAAGAUUUUUUUUUCUUAAUUUUUUUCUGAAAUGAAAUUUCAGCCCUUUUGGUUUUGCCCCCUCCCCCCAUAACUUUUCUAAUGGUCCGUCCCUAAUGUCUGCUCCCGAGGGAAAUAGUUUUUCCGAGAGUCUCAAUGUCAAUAUUAAUACAACAAUUGCAUGUAUUUCCCUGACAAAAACUCUAUAGUGUAAGCGAGUUUAAAAUUAAAAGAACCCACUUAAACGGUUUCGGCAACAUAUCCUAUUACCUGUUAUGUAUUUUUCUUCUCUUUUACCAUCUUAAUUUUAACACAAACGUGCAGGUAUUUUAUAAACUUGCGAGUUGUGCCGCCAUUUUGUUUAUUUAUAUAUACUGUACGGUAGUUGGUCGGGCCAAGCAACUUUUUUUCACUUGUUGCCCGGCGGGAUACAUUGCAUUUAUCUAAAGCCAUGUGACCACAAAUCAGCCAAUCUUGUUUGGUGUUCGCCCUAGCUGUAUAACAAUAAUGGUUAUUCUCGUUAAUCAGAGUGCAGUUCAACUGAAAAAACAGUUAAAAGAUUCUAUAAAUGGCCUUGGUGUUGACGAUGAAAUGAAGAAUAAACUUAUUCAGGAAAAGGUUUGCUACUUUGGGUCUGCGAUUUCUGCUGCUAGAAAGUCUGUUCGAAAAUUUGAAACUUUUUCAAUGCUAUCAAUCCCGGCCAGCAAUUCCGAUUUUAUCACAACAUGGCUCAGAAGUAUUUCUGAUGAAAUCAAGUGAACCAGCUCCGCCGUUUUGUCGAAGUACAAAGGGUGCAUAUACUGUAGAAUGGUAUGACUAAAGGAAAAUAAGAAACACAUCUGGUUUCAAUUGCGAUAAAUACAGUUUAUUUUUACUAAGUCGCCCGAACAUUAACAAGAAAAAUAUUAACUUGAAAAACGUCUAAGAAUAACAAGUUAUGUAAAGUUUUUUAAACCUUGAAACUUGAAUUAAAAUGUAAUAGGCUACCAUACAGUUUACAGCAUAUUAAGGUUUUAAUUUUUGUUCAUCAUCUUUUUUAAGAUUCUUGCCUACAACAUGACCAACGCCAUAGUUAAGGAAAUCAAACUCGAACCUUCAUCGUAA